AUGAGCCGAAGACAUUUGAAAACUCUGCUCUUGCACUCAAUCUCCACCAUGUCAUCGUCCCCUCUUAAAUCCAACCCCCUUUUCACCACAAGUCAAUCACAAGCCUUCCCUUCUCCAUCCAAAUUCUUUCACCAAAAUCUCAAACUUUGCCAGGCCAGAUUCCUUUGCACUUCUUCGCCUGACAAUCUCGAUGGUCUGGUCGAUCCUGACGACUUGUCAAUGCCUGGGAGUUCUGGAGUUGAGUCUAUUUCGGCAGAGGAAUUCGCCUCUUUGCGCGAUUCGGUGUUAGAUACCAGUGCCGGUGAUGGGUCUUCAACGCCUAAAUUUGAAUCAGAUAAGUUUUCUAAUAAUGCCAUUUUGAUUUCGAAUAAGAUUAGGAAUUAUAAUGAUGCGUUUGGUGACCAAACCCAGAAGUUUCUUAGGCAGUUUAGGGAUAAUCUGAAUGAAACUCUGGUGAUGGAAGUACUGAAGCUUAUUCGAUAUCCUGAAUUAGGUGUGAAGUUUUUCAUAUGGGCAGGUAGACAAAUUGGGUAUAGUCACACUGGUCCUGUGUAUGAUGCCUUGUUAGAGUUAUUGGAGUGUGGUAGUAAUGAUAGAGUACCAGAACAUUUUCUCCGAGAAAUUAAGGGUGAUGAUAGAGAGGUGAUCUUGGGUAAGGAGAUCUCUCUUUUUUGA